UUUAAUUCCCAGCUUUCCCGUCCGAGAUCGAACCUUCUCUGCUCUCUCCCUUCCACUGCUCGCUGAGCUCUCGGGACGAGAGCACCCCCGACCACACACCCCGAGUCCGCUCUAAGCGCCCCCAUAUCCCCCCUCUGCUAUUCGAUUCCUUGCAGGGAUCCCUACGCGGCUGGCUAGGGCGAUCGAUCGCUGGGAAUGACGACCAACGUCUCCGCCGUCUACAUACAUGUGGUGGACGACGUCAUCAGCAAGGUUCGCGAGGAGUUCGUAAACUACGGCGCUGGGGAAAGCGUGCUGAACGAGCUUCAGGCGCUGUGGGAGAUGAAGAUGAUGCAGUGCGGCGCGCUCAGCGACGUCGAGCGGUCUUCCCUGCGGAAGAAUGCGGCCCCGAUCACUCCGGUUCAUGAUCUGAACGUUCCGUACGAGGGACCGGCUGAGGAGUAUGAGACCCCCACCGCGGAGAUGCUCUUUCCACCUACUCCCUUGCAAACUCCCAUCCAGACUCCUCUGCCUGGAACGGCUGAUACUGCGAUGUACAACAUACCCACAGGCGCCUCAGAUUACGCGCCGUCUCCGAUAAGUGAUAUCAGAAAUAGCAUCGAUUUGAAAGCUGGAAGGCCAAGUCCGUACACGCAACCACCUUCUCCUUGGAUGAGCCAAAGACCUCUUGGAGUUGACGUUAAUGUAGCUUAUGUUGAAGGGCGUGAAGAAGCUGGAGACUCUUCGCAUCAAUCCACUCAGGACUUUUUUGUGAAUUCCACUGGAAAACGUAAAAGGGAUGACUAUGCUUCUCGCUUAAAUUCAGGAGGUUAUGUACCACAGCAAGAUGGAAGUGGAGAUGUGACAGUAGAGCUUUCUCUGCCGCAGAAUGCGGUAGCCCAAGGUCAGAAGUCAUCAAUUAGGGAUGGGCAAGGAACUGCAAAUUUCAAGUUCUAUUUCAAUAAGGAUGCAAAACCAACUCCAGUGCUUCCUCAGCAUGAUGGAAUACAUGAUGACUAUGAUGAUAUAUUUCAAUUCCAAGGAGUUGCCAGUGAAGACUACAAUACACCUGGAGAUCAUGUUGAACUACGCGCUGCUACCCCAUCUGUUGGCACACCAAAACCAGGUAAAAAUGAAGCAGCAGAAGAUGAUGAACCUUCUCUUAAUGAAGAUGAUGAUGAUGAUGAGUUGGAUGAUCUUGACCAAGAAGAGGAUGAGCCUAAUACCCAACAUUUGGUUCUAGCCUUGUUUGACAAGGUGACUCGGACAAAAAGCAGAUGGAAAUGCACCCUCAAGGAUGGAAUAAUGCAUCUCAACAAUAGGGAUAUUCUUUUUAACAAGGCCACUGGGGAGUUUGAUUUUUGAUUUUUCUUAACGAGGAGCCCUUUCAAGAUCCUGUGAUAUCAAAUGGAAGCUUGGGCUGAGUUUUUAUUGCUGGAGCUGUGAUUCUGGGACGUGACAUUUUCACUGGGAGACUCGAUGUUAAGGAAAAUUCGAACCCGCUGUCAGUUGCUGUUUCUUUCCUUUGUAAAGAUGCGCUAAAUCAGUCUGAACGUUUGUAAAUUUGUUUCUUCCUCUGGAGGAAUGGUGGGACAAAUCGACAGAUGUUAGAUCUCAGAAUUUGACAGUUGCAUUGAACUGCAUGGUUUAUCGUA